AUGAAAACAUCCGUCGUUAUACUCGCCGCCGCUUCUUUGGCCAGCGCUCACUACACGCUCCCAAGUCUCAACGGCGACGCAGCCUGGUCUCAUGUCCGCCAAGCCAAGAACUGGCAAGACAAUGGAUUCGUUGGUGAUGUGACCAGCAAUGACAUUCGUUGCAAUCAGCUCAAGGCCGGCACGUCGACUCUCAGUGUUGCUGCGGGUUCAAGUGUCAAGGUCAGCGUCAAUCCCAACGCGUACCACCCUGGACCCUUCCAGUCAUACCUCGCCAAGGUACCGGAAGGACAAGACAUCAACACCUGGGACCCUACUGGCGCUGUUUGGUUCCGCAUCUAUGCCGAACAACCCAAGUUCGGCUCUCAGUUGACAUGGUUGAGUGCUGCCACCUACGACAUCAAGAUCCCCCAAUGCAUUGCACCCGGAAAGUACCUGAUGCGCAACGAGCACAUCGCCAUUCACACCGCUCAGAGCAAGGGUGGAGCGCAAUUCUACCUUUCUUGCGGACAACUUGAGGUUACUGGUGGUGGUAGCAAGGCACCCUCGAACCUCGUCGCCUUUCCUGGCGCGUACAAGGCUACCGAUCCAGGUAUCUUGAUUAACAUCAACUACCCAAUUCCCACUAGCUACACCAACCCUGGUCCCCCUACGUUCACUUGCUAG